ACUUGUAGCUAUGACGAAUGAAGAGUUAAAGGCAAGAAACAAACUUAAUCAUAUUCAUGACGAUCUUGCUUUCUCCAUUCUAUCAAAACUACCUCUCAAAUCUAUGAAGCGUUUUGAAUGCAUAAAAAAAUCAUGGUCAAUUUUAUUUGAAAAUCAUAAUUUCAUGAAAAUGUUCCGCAACAAUUUCUUAUCUAAUAAUAACGAUUCUGAUUCCAGCAAUACCUUUCUCCUACUCAAUGAUGUUGAUCCGCCUGCGCCACCUGAACAAUAUCGUGAUUGCUCAUUUUAUUUGUUCUCUAGUGAAAGUGAGCGGUUCGAUAAUAGGAUCAAGUUAGAUUUGCCUUUUUCAAUUGACAAUUUUGGUUAUGGUAUUUUUAUUUUAGGUUUCAACAGUAUUAAUGGUAUUUUUUGUGUUAGUCGAGAAGGUCCAUUAAGACUCCGAAUUGUAUUAUGGAACCCGACUACUGCCGAAUUCUUUGUCAUUCCUCCUAGCCCUGAAGAGUGUGUACCACCUUAUCGGAGCCCUUUUAUGGAGUUGAUUGGAUUUGGUUAUGACCAUAUUAGAGAUGACUAUAAAGUCAUUCGAUAUAUAAAAUUUCUCCCAACCACUGACGAAGAAGUAGACGUGCCAUUGAAAGAUAGAUCGUUUGACCCCGUGUUAGAGAUUUAUAGUUUUAGUAGUAACUCUUGGAGGAUACUUGAUAUCGACAUGCCUUAUACCUAUAUUGAUGAAUUCUGUAAUGGUACCGGAGUGCACAUCAAUGGAAUGUGUCAUUGGUGGUGUAGAAGAUAUUCAUCUUUGGAAGAAUAUUUGGUAUCAUUUGACUUGAUCAACGAGGCGUUGAUUGCAACACCUGCAUCGUUAGACAUGUAUGAAGGUUGUAAACUUGGACAGAUGGCGAGACACUUGGUGGUGUUAAAUGAGUCAAUUUCUUUGAUCUCAAAUUGUCCCGAAACAAGUACCUUUCAUAUUUCAACUUUGGGUGAACUUGGCGUAGAGAAAUCAUGGAUUACACUAUUCGUUGUUGGGCCCUUACCUUUCAUUGAGUGUCCCAUUGGAGUUGGGAAGAAGGGCAACAUUUGCUUCAAAACAUAUGAUGAUGAGAUAGUUUGGGUUGAUUUAAACACUCAAAUAAUUGAUGAAAUUGGUGUUAAAGGAACGAGAGCUGAAUGUCGUACAGGAAUUUACAAGAAAAACCUUUUUCCAAUUGGAGGAAUUAAUAAUUAGUUUCUCAUUGGGCUUGCAAACUCAUUUGAAAAAAUAAAAGAACACAUAAUAGAAUUUUAUAUGUACCAAUCAUGGUGUGCAUAUAUCUGAAACCAAAAAAUCAAAGGACUUGUUUAAAUUAUUGACUCUUAAAAUUUUUAAGUUAAAAUAAUAAUAUGAUAUUAUAGAAUAUUGAUGUAAUGUAGGUGGUUUAUGAGGUAUAUAUAUUUCUAGUAGAAUUAUUAGAGUAAUAAUUAAACACUCCUCUCAUUGUAAAUUUUACUCUUAU